AUGCUGUUUAUCCGCCGCGGUAACGUCGCACCGAAAGCUCAUAUUGUGCAAAAGCCAAGAUGGCAAACGGAAUGCAUUAAGUUUGUUGAACAUUUCAUAGACGAACAUACGUGCUUCUACAUCGAAGAGCUGCAGGUGGUUCUACAAUCGACUUUUCCGUCGCUGCAAAAUGUGUCUACUUCAUAUAUAUAUGACGAGCGUUGCGAUUUGAACUCGGCCAAACUCGCAAGGGCCUCACUAAACGGGCUAGAGAAGUGUCCCCGCCGAGAUCGUCAAUUACUACAAGAAACUAGUACCAACUCACCGCGGCCCCGACCAACUGGUUUUCUAGGAUGA